UGGCUCCUGGUUCAAAGUGCUUUCCAGAAUUUUCAAAUGGUUCCAAACUCUGUUUUGAUUUGUGCAACCUUGGGCAUGCUAAUUCAGUUCCCUGGGACAGAAAUUUUCAUCCUUGUGAAGAAGAAAUGUUGAGUGUCUACUUUGAGGGACAGCGUGCAUUGUGUGGAUUAUUAGAAAGCAGUGAGGUCCUAACAGGUGCCAGCCAUCUCCUGAGCAGUCACGCUGGAUCACUGUCCCUGGGGGUGGGAGCCACCCUGUUUCAUACCUGCAGGGCCUGCCCCACCCCACCCCUAACCCCUCUGGCAGGUCUGUGGCAGUGAUCUCUCCUCACCUGUUGCGGCCAGCACCUGGGGAGGCCUUGGUGUUUCUCCUGCAACCUGGGUCUGAACUGGCAGCUUGUGUGGUGCACAGACACCGGGGCACCGGGGUAGUAGAAGCAGAGAGGAAAGUCAGAGUUAGCUCCUCAACCACUAUGUUUGGAAAGGCGAGAUCCCCCUCCCAGGAACCUUCACACUCAUCCUGUGUCUCACACACUGUGCCUGUGAAGUUGGUGGGGAAUCUUUGUUGGUUUGUUUUGUUUUUCUUGUGCUGGGGAUAGAACCCAGGACCUUGGGCAUGCCGGGCAAGCCUCCACCACCGAGCUCCACCCCCAUCCCGAGGUCAGUGGUAUUAAUUGAAGUUUCCUUGGCUAUGAAAAUCACACCCACAUCCAGUGAAUGGAAGAUUAAAACACUUGGAAGAGGACUGGGGAUUUAGCUCAGUGGUUUCACCGCCUGCUUCGCAAGCGCAAGGACCCGAGUUCGAUCCCCAGUACCAAAAAAAAACAAAACCAAAAAACGCUUGGAAGAGUGCCUAGCACGCACAUAGUAAACGUCGCUGUCAUCUGCUGUUAUUAAUUGUAGAGGAGUAAACUGGGGCUUGGGAGGUCAAGUAGCAAAGUCCUGCUUGCAGCCGUAAGUGGUAGAGCCGUGUGCAGACUGAGUCAGGCCAGCUCCCAGACCUGGGUGACUGUGGAACCUGCCCGGUUCAGAGGCCGAGGCUGGGGUGGAGGAGGGCUCCUGCUGCUCCCCUUGGUGACCCGGGGUGGCCGCUGUUUACCGAACCAAGUCUGCUUGGGGAGCCCAGGUGCCCAGAACGGAAUGUGUCUGGGUUGGCUGUCCUGCAGGAUGGCCAGGUGACCUUGGAGAGGUGUCUGCGUCAGCUUAGACUGGCCGGGACCAUGGCCAAGGUGAGGGUCAGGCCAGCCGCGUCCCUCCCUGUCACUGGAGGGGCGGGGCGGGAGAGGCGGUGCCUGCAGCUGAGUCCCUGCCCUGCCCUGCCCUCCCCUGCUCGGCCAGCAUUUGUUUCCUUUCCGAAGCUGACUGGGGCUCUUCCACGGGGCAACAAAAGCAACUUUCCUCCAAGCCACUGCCACCUGUUGGGUUUUCACACAUUGGGGGAUCCCAGCGACAAGAUGUGUCCCCACCGAGGUGCUGUGCGGCCAAGGGCGUUUAGCACGGGCUGAGACACCGGACCUGCACCACAGAAGGGCUGGUGCAGGGAGAUGGGUGCCUGGCUGAAUCCUAGGCCUUUGGUGGCAGCAAGAAGGAGAGGCCUCUGCAGCAGCAUCUGGAGCAGGGCUGAGAGCAAGCAGCUGUGGAGUGCGCGCCUGUGACCGGCCGCCAUGGGCCAGAGGCUGUGGGGGAGCCGCCUGCUGCGGCAUCGGAAGGCCCAGCUCCUGCUGGUCAACCUGCUGACCUUCGGCCUGGAGGUGUGCCUGGCUGCCGGCAUCACCUACGUCCCGCCCCUGCUGCUGGAAGUGGGCGUGGAGGAGAGGUUCAUGACUAUGGUGCUGGGCAUCGGGCCCGUGCUGGGGCUGGUCUCUGUGCCACUGCUGGGCUCGGCCAGUGACCAGUGGCGUGGACGCUACGGCCGCCGGAGGCCGUUCAUCUGGGCGCUGUCUCUGGGCGUGCUGCUCAGCCUCUUCCUCAUCCCGAGGGCAGGCUGGCUGGCAGGGCUGCUCUGCCCGGACGCGCGGCCCCUGGAGCUGGCCCUGCUCAUCCUGGGCGUGGGGCUCCUGGACUUCUGCGGCCAGGUGUGCUUCACACCGCUGGAGGCCCUGCUUUCUGACCUCUUCCGGGACCCAGACCACUGCCGCCAGGCCUUCUCGGUCUACGCCUUCAUGGUCAGCCUGGGCGGCUGCCUGGGCUACCUCCUGCCCGCCGUGGACUGGGACGCCAGCGCCCUGGGCCCCUACCUGGGCUCCCGGGAGGAGUGCCUCUUCGGGCUGCUCUCACUCAUCUUCCUGACCUGCUUGGCGGCCACGCUGUUUGUGGCGGAGGAGGCUGUACUGGGCCCCGCGGAGGUGGCAGAAGGCCGGUCGGUGCCCUCAGGGCCACACUGCUGCCCAAGCCGUGCCCGCCUGGCCUUCCGGAGCCUGGAUGCCCUGUCUCCUCGGCUGCACCAGCUGUGUUGCCGCAUGCCCCGCACGCUGCGCAGGCUCUUUGUGGCCGAGCUGUGUAGCUGGAUGGCGCUCAUGACUUUCACACUGUUUUACACGGACUUCGUGGGCGAGGGACUGUAUCAGGGUGAGCCCAGAGCCGAGCCAGGCACCGAGGCCCGGAGACACUACGACGAAGGUGUGCGGAUGGGCAGCCUGGGGCUCUUCCUGCAGUGCGCUACCUCCCUGCUCUUCUCUCUCGGCAUGGACCGGCUGGUGCAGCGCUUUGGCACCAGGGCCAUCUACCUGGCCAGCGUGGUAGCCUUCCCCGUGGCCGCCGGUGCCACGUGUCUGUCCCGCAGUGUGGCCGUGGUGACAGCCUCGGCCGCCCUCACCGGGUUCACCUUCUCAGCCCUGCAGAUCCUGCCCUACACUCUGGCCUCCCUCUACCACCGAGAGAAGCAGGUGUUCCUGCCCAAAUACCGAGGGGACCCUGGAGGGGGCAGCAGUGAGGACAGCCUGGCGGCCAGCUUUCUGCCCGGGCCCGUGUCUGCAGCCCCCUUCGCCAACGGCCUCGUGGGCGCGGGCAGCAACGUGCUGCCCGGCCCUCCCGCGCUCUGCGGCGCCGCGGCCCGUGACGUCUCCAUGCGAGUGGUGAUGGGCGAGCCGAGCGACGCCAGGGCCGUCCCGGGCCGGGGCAUCUGCCUGGACCUCGCCAUCCUGGACAGCGCCUUCCUGCUGUCCCAGGUGGCUCCGUCGCUGUUCAUGGGCUCCAUCGUCCAGCUCAGCCAAUCUGUCACUGCCUAUAUGGUGUCGGCUGCAGGCUUGGGUCUAGUGGCCAUUUACUUUGCUACACGAGUAGUAUUUGACAAGAGCGAUUUGGCCAAAUAUUCAGUGUAGAGCGAUCUCAACACAGGGAGGCCCUGCCUCAGGGGGCCCCAGCCGGAGGCCGGGUGGCCUACCGGGCCUCCCCGCUGCCCGAGUGGUGUCGCUCUCUGCUGCCACCCCGUGGCAAUGUGGUGCAUAGCCUCACCCAUAGUGGUCUGAGGCUUCCCUGGCCUCUUCCCAGUCUCCAGGGCUGGCCGGCAGCUUCCCGGCAGGUUUUCGCUCUGGACUUCUUCAGGGACCUAAGGGCGAGCAUGUGAUUAGCUCCUUGCCCUGGAAUGCGGGACUCCGUAGGUGGGUCACCAGGCUCAGGGUUAGAGCCAGCACCUAGUUGAGAUAGCCUCAGAAAAGUGUCUGGGCAGCUGAAUAAACUCAGCCACCUGGUCUCCCACCUCCAAGGCCCCUUGUCCUGCAGCCCUCCAGGUGUUGCUCUUUCUUGGGAGUUUCUAGCUGAAACUGUCCGCCACGGGAUGGAAGGUAUGAAACCUACUUGCAGGAAGAGCCCAUGUGGUCCACAGCACUGUCUCUCUGCUGAUUCCUCUGCCUCCACCUUUUAUUAGGACACGGCUGGUGGUCUCUGGGUUGCCAUCAUGAGGACACAGGACUUUAAGUAUUUAACUUAUUUAUUUAGCAAAGCAGAAGGGAAAGAAAUCCAUUCCCGGCUCCUCUGUGUUGGUGCCUAGGAGGUGGGUAGAAUGAGAGCCUCAAUAACUAGGUCCCCCAAAAAGCUGAUCAUUGGCAGAAUCCUGUUCUUUUGGGGUGACAGGUCUGGUCCCCCAAACUGCCUAGCCUGGGACCUUGGGAGCUCUGCUUACCUGAGGUGAGAGCCCAGAUGUCCUUACCCAGAGCUGGGGACUUCGAGUGUUGGCGUCCCCAACCCGAUGCCCCUGGCUCCCCUCUGCCCCAUGUAGGGCUGGGCUGAUGAAGAUGCUGCCCGUCCACUCCACCCCAGCUCUCGCCACUGGCUCCUCAGCCCGUCUGGAAACAUCGCAGGACCAGAAGCAUAUUGAGGUCGCUUGAGCCUCUGACCGCCUCCGCCCCGGGCAGAUCUGUGCUGGGCGGAUCUGUGCUGGGCGGAUCUGUGCUGGGCGGAUCUGUGCUCGGGAAUCCCACUCCGACUCAGGAGCACCCUGCCGAGCCGAGGAGCUCCUAGCGCUCUCGCUCAGGGUUUAAGUGCCGUUUGCAAUAAUGUUAUGUCUUAUUUAUUUAGCGGAGUAAAUAUUUUAUACUGUACGUGAGCAAUCAGAGUAUAAUGUUUAUGGUGAUGAAAUUAAAGGCUUCUUAUAUGUUUAA